AUGUCAGAGAAUACCAACCAACAAGAAGAACGUCAACGUAUUAUUAUUGUACCAGGUAUGGGUUGUGUACCUGUACGAGAUUGUAAUUGGUAUGCAUGGCUUGAACAAGAACUUGAAAAGGAUCCAACUGGUCGAUUCUCUGUUAUUCUUGAAAAUAUGCCUGAUCCUCAUGGUGCUCGUGAAUCACAAUGGGUACCAUUUAUUCGAGAUAGACUAAAAUUUGAUGAAAAAACUAUCUUAGUUGGACACAGCUCUGGUUGUGAAGCAAUCAUGCGAUUACUUGAAAAAGAUAAAGUACGUGGAGUGAUACUCGUAGCAGCCUGUCAUACUGAUUUAGGUGAUGAAAAUGAACGAGCAAGUGAAUAUUAUAAUCGACCAUGGGACUGGGAUGCUAUACGUGGCAAUACUGAAUGGAUUGUUCAAUUUCAUUCUCCAAGUGAUAAACUUAUUCCAGUAGAAGAAGCACGUUUUGUUGCCGACAAAUUAAAAUCUGAAUAUAGGGAAUUAGAACGUCGUGGUCAUUUUAUGAGUAAACAAUUUCCAGAAGUACUGUCUGUAAUAAAGAAAAAAUGUUGUGCGUCAUAA